CGAGGAGGAGGAAGAAGAGGAGGAUCAAUGCGUCAGUCGUUCACGACUUUCUUAUGAAGAUGAGAAAGAUGAAGAUGGCGAUGAAGAAUCUCUCGCCCGGCGGUAGGAAGAAAAAUCUAUUCUCUUUGCGUGAGCGCCCCUUCGUUCGUGUGUGUGCGUGUGUGUGUGCGUGUAUGUGUGCGCGCGAGAAAGAGGCAGCAGUCUUGAAAUAUCGACAUGACGUGACGGUGCGCGUCCAGCGAUACGUGACGGCAUCAUGUCAGGUCCGGCAACAUCUUGAAAAGACCUCCUGACCAUGGGAGACGCGGAGCGGCCGCAGAUGGAAGGCAACGCCCUCCUCAAAGCCGUCUUCCAGGGGAAGCUGAGGCUGACCCGUCUGCUGCUGGAGGGCGGGGCCUACGUCAAUGAGGGGAACGAGCUAGGCCAAACCCCGGUGUCAGCGGCCUGCCUGGCCGACUACGAGGACCCUCAGACCCGCCUGCGCAUGGUGCGCUACUUGCUGGAGAAGGGUGCUGACCCCAACAUCCCAGACAAGAGCGGCAGAACGGCCUUGAUGCACGCCUGCGCCAAGCAGGCCGGGAAGGAAGCCGUCUCCCUCUUGAUGGAGAAUGGGGCCGACCCCAGUCUCAAAGACUACUCGGGAUGCUCGGCCCUCAUGCAUGCCCUGAACAAGGGUGACCGUGACACCCUGCAGGUCCUGCUGGAUGCCUGCAGGGCCAAAGGCAAGGAGGUCAUCAUCAUCACUACCGACACGUCACCAUCCGGUACCAAAAAGACAAAGCAGUACCUAAACUCUCCUCCGUCUCCGGGCGUGGCCGACAAGGUGUCCCCCGAGUGCACACCCGCCGCCUGCAUGUCUCCAUCGGACGUGGAGAUCGUCACCUCAUCUCCGGCGGGGUGCGACACGGGAGGAGAUGAGGAUCGAAUCUUCAGCUUCCCGCUGGCCUCUGCGUUGCCGCUACUCGACAGCAGGCCUCAGGGAGACAAGAGAGCGGCGGCGGCAGCGGCACCUCCUCGCAAGCUGCUCAAGAGGCUCAACUCAGAGCCUUGGGGUCUGGUGGCCCCCUUUGCCUCGGGCGGGCUUCCUCAGGAGAGCGUCAGGGGGCUUCUGGAGGAAGCGGAGGGCGUCUGCCGUCUCAGUCAUCGAAUAAACGGACUGUGCCUCAGCGAGUCUGCCAGACCUCAGUUGUCACGCCGACACAGCAUCGAGACCCACGAGCCUUGUUCCCCAGAAGGCAUGGAGCAGCCCUGCUCCGAGGUCCUCACCCACUCCUCCUGGGUGGACAAGGUUCAGCAGCACCAAACGUUACAUUGCAGGAAACCACCGCCGGAGUCCCAAGAACACGCCGCCGGUCCACAGAGCUUGGUAUAUCCCAAACUGACCCGGACGGAGUAUUACGAGGCUGACGGGCACGCGGGCCCAGAAUCCAUCCCCGCAUCCCCUGAAUCUAGGCGGGUGUCUGUGGAGCGGAGGAGGUACAAUGCGUCCCCCCUUUCCCUGGUCGCCAGCUCAUCUCGGGAGUCUCUUGAGAACAUCCCCAACCCCGUGUCCCCUGCGGCAGCGCGUCGCCGGAGCCCCGGACUCCUGGAGCGGCGCGGCUCCGGCACCUUACUCCUGGAUCGCAUCGCCCACACCAGGCCCGGUUUCCUGCCACCGCUCAACAUCAACCUCCAGAGACCCAUCCCAGAUAUCCGCUGCAACAGCAAGCCCCCCUCGCCGGUCCACGGCGCUCACAAAAUCUGGGUUCCCGUGGUCCCAGCUUCGCCCAAACGCGGUCCCGACUUCAAGGUGAAAAAAAAGCUCACGAGGAGGCACUCCAUGCAGACGGAGCAGAUGAAGCAGCUCUCCACCUUCCAAGAGAUUCUGGCUGAGAAGGUCAUGGAGUCAAACGAAGCUGUGACCGUCGGGCCGGGGGACUGCUGAGGCUCCGGCUGGAGGACGUCUUCGUCGGUCUCAAGACCACCGGAAGGUUUUGCGGGAUCACUGCUUGUUCAUUUGAAUGGAGAGCUCGCGAUGUGCGCUGCCUGCUAAUGUUUUUCUUUUUUUUUUUUUAUCCACAAGUUUGAAUAAUUCUUCAAUCUGUACACAUGAAAUAGUCAAUAUGAAAAAACAUAACACGUUUCUACAGCUUAACGAGUUGACGGUGGCCGAUUGACUCGAAAGCAGGCAACGGGCGUGCGCAAUAGAGUUGACGCCCAACAUCUGUCGGCCAAUCAGAGGAUAGUGACGACACGGCCCGCUGGUUCGUUCUGAGGAAUGGUUCCAAUGUGACCGCAGGGCCCCAAAAACCUGGCACGGGAACAGAGGAACCUAGCUGUUUUGGGUACAACGAAAACGGCUGGCAAGUGGAGGCGAGUGAGAGGGGAGAGUGGUCGUCCUCAGACGAGCUUCCAUAGUAGAAGCUAUACAUUGCGCAUUAGUAAUGACUGUGGGGCGCAGCUCCUUACAGCAUACCCAAUCCAACCCUUAAUGCUGAGUGUCAAGCAGGGAGGCAUCGGGUUCCAUUUCUUUUAUAAUCUUUUCAGUAUGACUCGGCCGGGGAUCGAAACCACGACCUCCCAGUCUCAGGGCGGACACUCAUACCACAAGACCACUGAGCUGGAGGGGGUGGGGCUAAAAAGUGGGCAGACCCCUGCUGGGUUAAAAUAUUUUCGAUAACUUAGAACACUAGACAAGAUAGGCUUAUUGUUCAUUUGCUGACAAUCUUGAUUUUUCGCUCGUUCGAUCAAUCGAUUGAUUUACUUCCCCAAGGUGGCACGACAAGUCACUGAAGGCUUAUUAUGCUUCUACUUCAGCUGAAAAGACGUUUCUUUGGCCAGUCACGUUUUUCGAUGCUGACUUGUUUUCGGCAUGGGUUUCUAUUGAUGAGCUUUUCGCCUGAGCGCACAUUGGUAUUCGCAAGGAGCACACGCGAGUGCCACAUGGCCACAUGCAUGUUGUACUGUCCACACGUGCUUGUCAAAAAACACUUCCAUGUUUUGUCUCGCACAGGACAGUUCUUAACAAAUGUGAAGAAAGAUACAAAUAUGUACACAGUACAAAAGUGAUGGUGGUUAUCUGUGGAUCAAUUGAAAGAUGAAAACAAAGUAAGCUCCCCAAGGUUUAUUUUUCAUUUGUUGAAGAACUUUUUGUUGAGGAGGAAUAUGAGCAAGUUGACGUUGA